GUUAGCUUCUGUCCGUCCCUCUCCCCUUAAACCCUAGAAACCCUAUAAACCCUACCCCUUCUCUCUAUCUCUCUCUCUCUCGCAACUGCUGAGGAAUGGCGGCGUUCUCUUCUAUUCUUCGCCGAUCGGCCUCCUCUUUCGCGCCUGUCGCGGUCCGUGCUCUCCGGAGCCAGCGGAAUUGCCACUCUGCCAUCUUCACCGCUCUUAACCAGGCGAGGAUCGUUUCCAGCGAGCCUCGCCUCAGUCCGUUUCUGCCUCCUCGUAGCUACUCCACGAAGAGGCCCAGCUCCGACGAGACUCUCCGCCGUAUCCUCGAGUCGGAGAUCCAGUGCGCCGAGGAAACCGACGACCACGAUCGGGUUGAGGAGGCACCAGGUGGAUUCCCGUUUCAAAUUGAAGACAAGCCUGGAUUUCAAACCAUUACAUUGUCAAGGGAGUAUGAGGGUGAAGAGAUAAAAGUUGAAGUCAGCAUGCCUGAUCUUGUGACCGGAGAAGAUGGUGAUGACAACAACCAGGACGACCACGACGAGAAGGCUAAUCAGUCGAGCAUUCCUCUAGUCGUAAGCAUUGCCAAGGGGAACGGACAGUUUAUUGAAUUUGGCUGCACUGCUUACCCCGAUGAAAUCGUAAUCGAUAGCUUGGCCGUUAAGAAUCCAGAAGACUCUGAGGACCAAAUUGCUUAUGAAGGGCCUGAUUUUCAGGAUUUGGAUGAGAACCUGCAGAAAGCAUUUCACAAGUAUUUAGAGAUUAGAGGAAUCAAGCCCAGCACGACCAAUUUCUUGCAUGAAUACAUGAUCAACAAAGACAGCAGAGAGUACUUGAUGUGGUUGAAGAACCUCAAGAAGUUUGUGGAGGCAUAAUUUUGUAGGAGGUGGCAUCGGUUGGUAGGGUUUCAGUCUUCAGUUCUGCUUCGAGAUCCUCCAUUGCAACUGCUUAUUUGUCCGUUGUCCACCCCUUGAAGGGAAUGUCUUUAAUCGAGAGAGUUGAAAUUAUUGAUAAAAUGACAAAUCCAGUUUUUCAAUGCACUUGUUUCUUUAAAUGCCGCUGGUCUACAUGUAGACAUUUUGUUGAUGAUUAUGCCUAUCUGCCAAUUACAGUA